AAAUACUGUCAAUGUGACAGUGUAGCGAACUGACGUCAUUCUUUUGCCAAAUAUUCCCUUUUGGACUCAAAAAUACAAAAAAGUCGAUUUUCUUCACGAAUUCCUACAUAAUUCCAUCUUCAUUUCCUUAAAAACAUAAUGGCUGAUCCUAAAUAUGAAAAUCUUCCUGGCAUAGCGUACGACCAGCCCGAUGUGUAUGAAACUGGUGAUUUGCCGGAAGCAGAUCAGCCUGAGCCUAAUGAGGAGGAAGAAAACGAGUGCAUCGAACAGCUCCACCUUUCUGUGAAGGAUUCUUUCAAUAAGUUCAAAGGGAAAUUUCUAACUGGCGCUGUUGAUUUCUCGGAUAGACUGAGCCGUAAGACCAGGAUCGGCUACCGAGCUGGUGAAUGGGAAUUAGCAGCAGAAGGAGAACCAGAGACUCCACUGGAGCGCUACAAUAGACUUCGCUGUGAAUUUUCUGAACUUCUAGAGCAAAUCACUGAGCAACAGAACAAGGCUACUGAAAGUGAAAGGGAUGAAUUCUCAAAGUUGGCAGCUCAAAUCAACUCAACCAAGAAACUUCUAGAAGAAUUGAAACUGGAAGAAGGAGAGCAUAUAGACCCAAAGGCUGAAAAGUUAAAGGAGUACCUGACUGUAAGUGGUAAGAAGAAAGGGGAGCAAGUGACAGCUCAUUUGAAGCUGAAGCCAGAAGUGAACCUGGCUCAGACCACCAGGAUAGCUCAGCUGGAACAUAGACUUCAUAAGCUAGAACAGGUAGCAGGUGUGAAAGAUGAAGAGGUAUUCAGGAGACUCCAGGCAGUCACUGGACAGGCGACUUUAUGCGGUGCGGCGGCGUCGUUAGCGGCGCAGGCGGCGCUGCUGCGACCCGGCGAGCUGGCAGCGGCGGACGCGCGGGUCGCCGCGUUGCUGACUAACGUCGACGCGCUCAAGGCUGCCGUCCGACCCGCCGACCCUGAAGCUGAUGCUAAGGUCAAUGAGUUGUACAAGCUAUUGAAACAAAUAGAUGGCAUAUCACAUUCCGAGAUCCUGGAGCGUAUGGAGGCACUAGAAGCGUUACACAAUCAAGCAAGCAACUUCGGCAAAUCCCUGACGGAGCUGGAGACACUACAAAGCACGAUCGCCGGCGGCGUCCAGAAUAAUAAGGAACUCUUGCAGGGCGUGCAAGAGGUGUUCGCGCAUAACGUCGACAGCCUGCACAAGGAAAUCAAGAAGCUGGACGAAAGGAUCGCUAAGAUCGCGGCGGCGUGAUGACGCGUGGUUUAGGCCUUUUGUUAGAUGGGACGACACAUCGGAAACCUUUAUUGCUAGAUACUUUCAAUUAGUAAAUGUAGUAGAAUAAAAUGAACUUUCAAAAAUUAUAAACUUGUGUCUUGGCAGUUGUUCCUCUAUCUUGACCAGCCCAUACACAAUAAUGAUUUGGUUCCAACGAGACACAAUUUCAACGGGACACAUUUUCAAUCAGACACAUUCCCACCUGGUCACAUCAAUUAUUGUAUCAUCAGUUAAAUGUUUUAAUGAAAAAAAAUAAUAAUAAAAUGUGUUAAUUGUCAUGGGUAUGUAUUCGUCUGCCGUUUGGUGUAGCGGUUCAGAACGGACUACUAUGCCGAGAGGUCCCGGGUUCGAUUCUCGGCCGGGCAGAAAUUGAAAUGAUGCAUUUUAAUUUCUGUGACCGGUCUGGGUGUUAGACUAUCGUGUUGUGAUUCCUGACCCGACCACGACAUGGAACGGAGUUUUUACUGUGCCACUUAUCCCAAGAAUUUGUGCCUUGUACUUUUUGAGUAAUAAGAGUUCGAUUGUGGUCGGGCUGGAUAUCACGGUUCCUGUCCCGACCACAAGCAGAUCUAAUAAAAUAUCGAUAGUGUGAAGUUACUAAGUAUGCCAAAAAUAUGUGUCAAACUGUGCCUAUAGCAAACGUAAAGCAUUUUCUAUUAUAUCACAGAAUAAAUCUAGAUUCGGAUUAGUUAGUUUUUAGCAUGCUCAUUUGAACACUUUGUUCGUGACAAUUACGUCGUCUAGGUAACUUUAAGUAAUCGAUGUUCACCGAUUACUUGAAGAUUUCUCGUCCGAUUUGAGUGACUCUUUUUUGUUCGAUAGUAGAUACUUGCCAUUUGGUCCCAUACACAAUUUAAUUUAGUUUAACGUAGUAAAACUAAAGUAAUAACUUUGUAUGAAAAAAUCUAAACCGCGUAAGAUAGAUGAAGGGGGUAAUAAAACGGGAUCCACGCGUACGAAGUCGCGGGCGGCCGCUAGUCUUUCCAUAUCUAUGUGCGGAAACGUCACGAAAUCUGAAUUUUAGCUGACCUCCUAACCCUUCAUAAAAGCCAAGGUAAAAUUUAUUGAUUGGUCUAUUUUAUGUUUAGGUUAUUUUAUUGAUUUAAGGAAAGUACGCGAAGAUGCUUAUUUCUGUUCAAUUUUGUUUUUAAUUGUAAUAAAAUAUAGUUAUUUUAAUGUUCAUAUUUUUCAUUUCACUUUCAUUUAUUCGACUGACUGUAUUGUGUCAGUUUGCAACUGUGUCCACGUGGGAAUGUGUCACAAUAAUAUACCAAACAUAGUUAUUCUGGCUUUGUUCAUAGGAACAAAUGAUUGUAACAGCAUCAUCUUUGUGAUACAUUCUUGAUAAGUAAAAAGCAUUUUGUGUUGGGAUUUCAGGCAUUAUCAUAUUUAAAUUACUAUACCUUUCAACUGUAUUAUCAACAUGAUGUCCAGUAUUGUGAUAGAAAUACAUAUUUAAUUUAAUUUCCUUGUGCUCAACAAAUAUUCUGGUUUUUGAUGUGUCGUUCUAUGUUAUGUGCAUUACUUAAAACAGUCAUUUCUGGCUGUAUGUUACGAAUCAGCACUAUCAUGUUAUUUGUUGCUGUCAAAGUAUUUAAUCAAAUUGAGAUUUUUUUACAUAAUUUAGUGCCAGAAAUCACAACAGCUACCAAUUAUGACUAGGGACCUUCAAAUCUCAUUGUUAAGAAUUUAUAGUAUCUUUAUGUAAAGCUAAACCCAUUAUAAUGUCAUAAUAAUGUAAGUUAGACUGCUUAAAAUUAAUUUAUUUAAAUGAUAAUAAAAGCUAUAAUAUUAUACAGAA